AUGAGACUGCCACGACACGAGCGACUUCUGGUACAGGCCGAGGUGCGAAGUGCUGAGCGUACGGCACCCAGCAACGGAGUCAGCCUCCUCCUCGCCCUCGGGCCAUUCGGCCCUCUUCGUUUCAACCUCAGCCUCGCUACCAACACCACCGCCACCGUUCGACUCACCCGCUUGACUCCGACCAAUCUGACCGACCUCGAACCGGCAGAAUCGGUUGACAUGGUGUCGUCUGCUGAUGACCAUUUCGCUCUCAUAUUUCCCACUGACACCAACACUGAGCUCGACACCAGCGUUGAAGUGAUGAUUGAGUUUGAGCGACCGACCGAGCCGGUUGGCGUCCAGUUUUGUCAUGUCUGCAUCGUCCGGGCGACCUCGAGCCUCGACUGUCCGGUCGACCUGCAGGCGAGUCGAAGUGUCGAGGUGGGAUCCACAACAGACCGCUGCCUCGUCCGACCGACGAUCGUCAAUGCCAACGCCAGCGUCGACGUCAAAGAUCGUCAGUUGGUGCGACAUCUCUUUGUCUACUUUGGCUAUCCCAAUCGGCGCCGGAAACUGCAUCUCUUCGUCUAUCGGCCGAGCCGAGCCAAUCUUAGGCCAGUUGUCAAGGGCCUGAUCGGCCUAUUCACGCAGCCCCACAAACCAAUCGUCUGUUCGACUCGACCCCUCGGCGUCCGAGGCUCGCUCCACCAGUUCGGACAUCAACCCCAGCCUGAACAUGUCGUCUGGCAGAUGCGCUCAUCACGACUCACUGCCGGUCGGAUCACCACCCCGUCACGCCUUCUCGAUCCCGCCACUCUAGUCUCGACCGAGGCUAAGACGGGACUCGAGCCCGGGUCUGCGAGCCAGGACGUCGUGUUCCACUUCGCGCCACAGGCCGAUCAACAAGACUGGCGACCUGUCGCUUGGCCCAGUUGGGUUUGUCUCGUCUGUCAACUCGUCUACAGCCCGACAAGUCGAGUCGCCAGUCCUGAGGUCUGCGUCAACUGGACGCAAAGUCUGCACAUCCGACAACGUCCCUCCAACUUUCCGACCCCCCAACUCCGCCUCCAACCCGAUCAUAAGCAUAAAUUUGCUCAUUUCGCCCAAUUGGCCCAAGUCGACCGGUUGGUGCAUCAUUUGUUGACGGGCACCAUACACACGUUCGUCUGCCGCCUGCCCGUAACUCUCGAGGCUGAUCGGUCGACUUCAAUCUCUUUUCACUUUUGGCCCAACACCAACACCAACACCAGCGUUAACAUCGACGCCGACGCCAAUGCCAACGUCGAUAUCACGUGGGUCGGAGACUCGAGACUGACGCGUCGUGACAACGCCUCGCAUCUGGUCGCUGAGCUCACUACCAGCCUGCCGCCGACAGUCGGUGGACAACUAGUCUGCUCCACGCCCGAUGCCAUCUCUGAUCGUCUCCAUCUGGUUCCGGUUGCUAUGCAGCCAAUCCGGCUAAAAAGCCUCGGCCAGGCCACACCGAUUCAGAUCGAGCCCGACCCACAGACAGCCACGGCCACGGAAACGGCAACGGCGACCUACAUCUGCCAGGCUGACGGUUGGCCGCCGGCAACUGUCGUCUGGCGAGUCAUGGCAUCGCCGGAGGCUGGGCUCCGCCAAGACGGGCUAAUCAUGGAAACAUGUGAAUGGCGUAACGACCAGCCAACAUUGAGGUUGGAGACGGCGGGUCAAAGACAAGCGACCAAUUGCAGCCUAUCGCCAUGGCAACUGAACAGCUUUCUUGAGGGUUGGCGACGUGAAAGGAUGGAGGCGGAAGAUGAUACGUCGAAAAAAGCGCAAAUGAUGAUCAGAUGUACGGCGGAGAACGGGUUCACUAGGGCCGAGCUCGACUUCUCCGUGUUGCCGACGGCCUGGCAACCGGUCGGCUUGGAGACGUCCGGAUUACGGCCAACGGUAAUCUGGUUGAUUCCUGGUCUGUUGGUGCUGGCGUUCGGUCUGGUCGUCGGAGCUGCCACGAUGCUGGGCGGCCUGCGUCGGGAGGUGGACCGGAUCGGACUGCAUCAGGUGGCCAACUCGCUCUACCUUAAGCAUCCUGGCACGACCGGCUGGGAGAAGAAGACUUGGGGCAGUCUGCCUCUCGCCCCCCGACCCCUGGGACCCCUGGGAGCCCCGGCAACAUCGACGUCCUCUGGCGUCCCGAGGCUGCUGGGCAGUGCUGGCUCAGAGGCGGGUCGCCUUGGCGCCACUGAAGCCUUGCCGACCAUGUGGACGCGAUUUCAAGGUGUUGCGGAGCUCAACGCCAAUCAACGCAAUCAACGUGAUCGGUCAGUCAGUCAGAACAAGAAGUUGGGCAAUUCGCCCUUUUUCGCCACACACACACACACACACCCUCGAAAGGCAAAUUGA